AUGGCCAAUAGACAUCGGAACAACUCCCGAUCAUCCAGAUCCCUCGUUCCAAAUAUCGACAUGGGUCCUAUUCUAGGCACCCAACGCUCAUGGAACGAUAUCGAGAAAGCUGUGUCAGCAGACAAGCAAAGAGAGGAAGCAAACAAGUCGCCUGCCCAGAGAGCCAAGGAGCAGCAUGAACGAGAAGUAAAGCUUGCUAGACACGCUAGACGUAUGCAAAAUCGUGUCACGAUUGAACAUAUGAGAAAAACACCAUGGGAUACCGAGCUAAAGGCGACAGAUAAAGCCGCGGAAAGUCUACUCAAUUACAUCAAAGCACAAAAACAGCAAGCCCGACAUUCCAACAAAUGGGGAAGUAAGAUUGCAUCUAAACUCCAUUCGAAAGCAACACAAGAGCGAAUCGAAGCGGAUACGAAACAACAGAUGCUAGUGUUGGAGAGGAACUUUGAGAUGGCUAGAAAGGCGGAAGAAGAGCGUUGGCUACAGGAAACUAGGCGAGGAUCGUAG